UAUUGAAUCUGGUUCAUCUUUAAAAAAAAAUGACUGAAAGUAUCCAUCAGAUGUACAUGUUCAUUCAUUCAUUCAUUCAUUCAUUCAUUCAUUCAUUCACUCAUUCAUUCAUUAUCCAGACCGCUUGUCCUUACUCGGGGUUGCGGGACGCAUGCGUUCCAUGUUUUUCUUAGCACUUGCCUCCACGGUCCGUUGAGCAGGACAGUGGGUGGCGGUAUUGAGCCUUAAAGCCGGAUGCAAACCGCCCUUCAAACAGACGAAGAAGAAGAACUUGCCCACCGUCGGCUACCGUACGAUAACGCUGCAACAGCUAGCGCGCACCUCGGCGGAAAGUUCGUCGCAGUACUGGCUCCGUUGCUUUUUUCGGUUUGGACUCGGUACCGUUAGCUGUACUUGUUAACUGACGUGACGUCUGUGUUAGUUGUUGAAUCCAUGGACGCCAGCGUUUACAUUUCCCAUGUGCUGCUAACGCGUUAGCCAAACGGCUAAAUAACCGGAAGUCAGAUGCGGCGCAGCUUGGUGAGCGGAGUCGCGCUCGCGACCUAACGCGUCGGAGCGUAUAUAAGCAGCGGCGAGCGACCCGAAAGCGCUUCAGACGCGCCUGCACCGGCGCUGGAGGACGCACCUGCACCGGCGCGGAGGACGCAUGGACCGCGCCGCAGGCUGCAGGACUCAACGACGCAUCUGCAAGACCGAGUCUCCGGCUACGUAAGACGGGAUCCACUACCGCCCAAGGUUAAAGUCCAGCCGCUUUAAUGGGGAAGAGGAAGGACAUGAUUCUGCCCAGGUUUCUUGGUGAGAGCAGCGUCGGCCCACACGGCGUUCACAAGAGAAAACACAAAAAGCAUAAGAAGCAUAAGCGGAAGCACCACCGGGAUGAAAGCUUCCCUGAGCCCUUGGAGCCGGAGGAGCCCGUCAUGGUCGUCAGGCCUCCUCCUCCUCCUCCUUCUCAACUAAGACUCAAGAUCAAGCUGGGAGGACAGACGCUGGGAACCAAAAGCGUGCCCACCUUUACUGUGCACCCCGGAGUGGCCCGGCCGCCUUCGCCCUUAAUGAUCAUUGACGAUGACAAUGAAGAAGAUGACGACGACGACGAUGAUGACGAUGAGCCGUCCGUGCCUCUUGAGCAGUACCGGGCCUGGCUGGAUGAAGACAGUAACAUGGCUGCAUCUCCGCUGCCGGACAUGGACUCUGACUCCAUGCUGGGCGGGCCGGUGGAUGAGGAGGAGAGGUGGCUGGAUGCUUUGGAGAAAGGCGAACUGGACGACAAUGGAGAGCUGAAAAAAGAGAUCGACGAGUCUCUGCUGACAGCCAGACAGAAAGCCCUCCUGCACAAACAGCAAAGCCAGCCUCUCCUGGAGCUCCCCAUGGGCUACAAGGAGAAGGAGAUGACUGCCGAGAUGAUGCAGAAGAGAGAGGAGCGCGCUCGCAAGCGACGUCUGCAGGCCGCCAAGAAGGCUGAAGAGAAUAAGAACCAGACCAUCGAGAGGCUGACCAAGACCAGCAAAGCCAAGAUCAAAAGCAUGCGGGAGAAGAGGUCCCGUCAGGCCCAGUGUCCCAUGAUCCGCUAUACUGACAACGCCCGUGGAAUGGCUAUCUCCUUCCCUGUGGGGGUCACUACGCCGGCCUCUGUGGCCCCCCGUCCUGUGCCCCUGGCCCCUGUCAGCUGCGGGGUCAGAGGCUGCGCCAAUCUUAAGAGGUACUCGUGCUCCAAGACCGGGGUUCCUCUCUGCAGCCUGCAGUGCUACAGGAAGAACCUGCUGCUGUUGGAGAGUACCGCGUGACCAUAAAACUGGACGCUGUGGCAGAAGGUAAGAGUCCUGACUCUUACCCGGGCUGUUCCCAAGUGCAAUGCCAACUGACUUUUAAUCUUCUCUUAUUGGAGCAUACAGCAUACAGUCUUCUUUUUUCUAUGCUGUUUUCUUUUGUGUUUACGCUCAACAAAACCCAAACGUAUAUAGAGCCACAUUUCCAAAUCCGUGUAUGAAUUAGUGCAUAUAUCUUAAGUUUUCCUCUGUGUGGGGCCGUUAAUAUAAAUAUUCUGACACAAGACAGUGCCCGUCCGUCAGGCACAACAUCAGUGACUUGCAAGCAAUAAAAAAUAAUUUGUACUGUUCCUUUAUUAGCGUUCACAAUGGUCAUUCUUGUAAAAAACGUUUUAUACAAAAGAAAAACUGUACAUCUUAAAUAUAAGUACCAAAUUAAAUGUUUUUGUUCACUAUAAAAUUUGUGGACCUAUCAAUACAAUUGUAUUUGUGAUGUCAGUUUGAGGACACUGGCAGUAGGCGAUAGCGUCCAUGUUGUUGGUCCAGACGAUAACAGAACACCACCUUCUACUGGGAAGCCUCACUUGCCCCUUGCAAAAGUUACAGCAUCAAGUCUGAGGUAUUCUCUGAGUGAGUAGCUUCACACACACACACACACACACACACACACACACCUGAGAAUAGUAAAAAACAAAAAGCAGGCAGACAACACAACAUGGUGUUCAUUAUGACGUAUUUUGUCAGGCUGGAUGUUGAGGCACAGAGGUGUGUUCACUUUCUAAAGGCCAUGGUUGUGAUCUGUCUUUGUCUGUGGGGGCGCUGUUGUCUUACAGAAAGACGUGCUGAAUGAUUGUGACCAGCUUAAAGGAUAGGUUCACUUCGAAAACAUAAUUAAGAGUCAUACAGACAUAAAUUCCACUGACCACGUCAGUACUGAGAGACUUGACACGUUUUUGAAUCUUCUCACUGGGUGUCCAUACGAUCCAACCAGACGGUAAAUAACAUUCACAUGUAUCUUUAUUUGAUGUUGGUUCAGAAUAUGCUUUGAGAAGGAGCUAAAUCCGAUUUGAUUUGUAACUGCUUUUUUAAAUUUGAUGUUGUGCAUCAGAACCGUCUAUAAACUUCACACUUGUGAAAGCAGGAAGUUCUGCAGCCUGGUGAUCCGCAUUAGCUUCAACUCUGUACUUGAACCUAAUUUUUUCUCAUCUCAUCAUCAGCCACUUCUUCAGGGUCAGGUCGCGGUGGCAGCAAGCUAAGUAGGGCAAUCCAAAUGUCCCUUUCCCAAACAAUGCCCUCCAGCUCCUCUUGGAGGAUUCCAAGGCGUUCCCAGACCGGAUUGGACAUGUAGUCCCUCCAGCGAGUUCUUGGUCUACCCUGAGGUCUCUUCCAAGUUGGACUGCCCGGAAGACCUCCAAAGGAAGGUGCCCAGGAGGCAUCCUAAUCAGAUGCCCGGACCACUUCGACGUGAAGGAGCAGUGGCUCUACUCCGAGCUGUCUCCGGAUGUCCGAGCUCCUCACCCUCUCUCCAAGACUGAGCCCAGACACCCUACCACAGGGUGUGCUCCAGUUAUCGGGGCAUCACACUGCUCAGCCUUCCUGGGAAAGUCUACUCUAGGGUGCUGGAAAGGAGGCUCCAACCGAUUGUCGAACCUCGGAUCCAGGAGGAACAAUGUGGAUUCCAUCCAGCCAGUCUACAUGUGUUUUGUGGACUUGGAGAAGGUUUACAACCACGUACCCCGGGGCACUCUGUGG